UUGUCUCUCGCAAUUGGAGCGGAUCCGUGAAUGGGAGCAUCCAACGUUCAACCCAUAGGACGGUACAGGAAUUGGAGAGGAUCCGAUGAUGGGUAGUGUUCGAGUGGGAACCAACGUAGGGUCGGUUCGAUCGGUGCUUAUAGCCUUGGCCUGGGCUGCUGCUCUGAUCCGCUACGGGGCACAUGCAAUGAGCGGGAUGGAGGGCGAGGAGUGGGGAGCGGUAGAGAGGAGGGGCACCCACUUCGUGGUCCAGGGCCGGCCGUUCCUUGUUCAUGGCUUCAACACGUACUGGCUGAUGGUCUUCGCCGCCGACCCGGCGACUAGGUGCAAGGUCAGCGACGUCUUCAAGGAUGCCGCAGCCGCCGGCCUCACCGUCUGCCGGACUUGGGCUUUCAACGACGGCGGGUGGCGGGCUCUCCAGAUCUCCCCUUUCGUCUACGACGAAGAGGUCUUCAAGGGUUUGGAUUUCGUGGUGAGCGAGGCAAGAACGCACGGGAUGAGAUUGAUGCUGUCCUUGUGCAACAAUUGGGAAGAUUACGGAGGGAAGGCACAGUACGUGAGAUGGGGCAAGGAAGCCGGCGUGGAUUUGUCUGGUGAUGACGACUUCUUCUCGGAUCCCACUGUCAAAAGCUACUACAAAGCCUUUGUGAAGACCGUCAUCACCAGAGUCAACACGAUCACCAAUGUGGCGUACAAGGACGAUCCCACAAUCAUGGCGUGGGAGCUCAUCAACGAGCCACGCUGCCCCUCGGAUCCUUCGGGCGACACGUUGCAGGCAUGGUUCGAGGAGAUGGCGGCGUACGUGAAGUCCAUUGAUCCGACGCACCUGUUGGAGAUUGGCGUGGAAGGUUUCUAUGGCCCGUCGACGCCCGAGAGAUUGCAGCUGAACCCGAACACCUGUGCAGGCGACGCAGGAACAGAUUUCAUCAGGAACCAUCGAGUUGCAGGCGUCGACUUCGCCUCCGUUCACGUUUACUCUGAUACAUGGUUGCCAGAUCCGGACUCCAACGCGCACCUGCAGUUCGUGAGAGCUUGGAUGCAUCAGCACAUGGACGACGCCGAGAAGUUGCUCGGAAUGCCGGUCGUCUUCGGCGAGUUCGGGGUGUCGGUCAAGGAUGAGAGGUUCGAGUCCAGGUUCAGGGAGACCUUCAUGGAGACGGUCUACGACACCUUGCUGAGCUCCAGGAUGAGAAGGGAUGUCGGAGGAGGAUGCCUGGUUUGGCAGCUCUUUCCGGAGGGAACAGAGCACAUGGAUGAUGGCUACGCCGUGGUCCUCGCCGAUUCUCCCUCCACACUGGACAUGCUGUCACAGCACUCCAGAAACCUACAGACACACCAUUCCAAGGGCAGCUGCGGGAGUUCUGAGCCCCAUGAAGAACUCUGAGACUCCGAACUCAGAUCCCUGUUGUGAUGCUAAAGCAUAAAAAGCUCAUGAUGAGUUACGUAAGUAAUACCGUCAGUUGCCAUCUUCACCGAAAACCUACUUUCUCCUCGCUGGUGUGCAGAUCACAACACACUGUUCAUUCUUAUCUUGGGUGUCUGAUUCACUUCUGUAAAUGCCACUGUGUUUGAAUUGAGUGCAACAUGAAAUGAGAGAUAUGAUUGAAGGUUG